AUGAAGCACAACAGAGCAAACAAGCGGUCGGAUCAACUUUGCCAAGACAUAAUGACUAAUGAAGAUGCAAAAUCAAUAGGCUUCCUCGACCAUGUUCGUCAUUGUGAUGUUGCAAAGCUGCUGAUCAACCACACAGUCAUGGGUUCGAAUCCUACGGGUUCGUCUGGAAGAAAUGCCUGGAGGGCGGUCGUUGGGAAGGAGAGGGAGAAGUGGGCUGGACCAACUACACAACCUGUUAUGGCCCAGAGAUGCUUCAACUUUAUCGGAAAUUGUAUUCUGGGUCAUCACCUGAGAGUUUUAAGAAACAAUAGGACUAAAAUCCAUAAGAACCUAUUCAUCGCAAUGGUGGCCCAAGUAGUGAUACGCCUUACACUCUAUAUUGAUCAAGCUAUUAUCAGAUCGAAAACAACCAAAACGCAGGGAAUUGAUAAUACACCAAUUCUUUGCGAAGCAUCGUAUGUCCUAUUAGAAUAUGCCAGAACUGCUAUGUUUAUGUGGAUGUUCAUUGAGGGUCUGUACCUACACAACGUGGUCACAGUAAGAGUUUUUCAAGAAACCUUCAGAUACAGACUAUACAAUUGUGUUGGAUGGGGUCUGCCUCUAGUAAUGACAACUGCCUGGGCAGCUUCCAUAGCCUCCAAAAUGAAAACUAAGUGUUGGUGGGGUUAUAAUCUUACCCCUUACUUUUGGAUACUAGAGGGACCACGUUUUGCAGUAAUUUUGCUGAAUUUUUUGUUCCUAUUGAACAUUAUACGUGUACUCAUAGUAAAAUUAAGAGAAAGCCACACAAGUGAAGUAGAACGAGUAAGAAAAGCGGUUCGUGCAGCUGUGGUGCUUCUGCCCUUACUUGGCAUCACUAAUAUUGUCAAUAUGAUGGAAGCUCCUCUGGAUCGACAGGUGUGGGAAUUCGCUGUAUGGUCAUACACAACCCACUUUCUCACCUCCUUUCAAGGGCUUUUUGUUGCCGUCCUUUAUUGUUUCCUUAAUGGAGAGGUGAGAACUGCUAUAAGAAAAAGUAUCUAUACAUAUUUAUCCCUAAGACCACACCAGUUCACUCCUAGAAGAAAUUCUGCUUAUGUUAGUGUUGGUAGCACCCGGCCACCAGAACCUCAACCAGAAACUAGAGUCUGACCAAUGUGAAGAGCUGUUGUGUUGGGCAAUAUUAUUUGUCUAAAUUGAAAUAGAGUACAGAGAUAUAUUUAUAUUUUAUGGUUUAUUUUCAUUAAUUAAUUAAGAAUAAAUUGAGUUGUAAAUUUGUAUAAAUAAAUAAAAUUAUGAAUGAUGGGGAAGUAAGGUUUGUUAUUUUUGUAUCUUUAAAAAGUAUGAUGUAACUUAAUAGAGAUUAAGAACAUUAUGGUGAUUAAAAUUAUUGUAAUGUUUAAUGUAUUAUACAUUUAAUAAUACAUGAGUAUAUUGUGAUGAGU